AUGCCGCCGAAAACCAUGUCUGGGUUCUUCCUGGGCGUCGAGCUCGCCACGGACCAGCUGCGUGCGUCGAUCGUGGACGAAAACUUGGAGCUGGUGGGCGUAGAGUCCGUGGACUUUGACACGGAGCUGCUGGAGUACCAGACGCACGGCGGGAUCUUCACGACGCCCGGCGACGCGUACACGACGCCCGUCGAGAUGUGGAUCAAGGCCUUUGACCUGCUCAUGGAAAAGAUCGGCAAGGGAUACGACCUGGGGAGGAUCAGGGCUAUCGGCGGCGCAGCCCAGCAUGCGCUCGUCUGGUGGCACGCCAGCCAAAUGCCCCAGCUCCAGACGCUCGACCCUCGCCUGCCGAUCCACACGCAGAUCCCGCUCACCGCGUUCACGAUGCAGAACACGCCCGUCGCGCAGGACACGUCUGCGCACACGCAUGCCCUCGCGCUCGAGGCCGCGCUCGGUGGGCCGGACCUCAUGGCCGCGCGCGUAGGGACGUGCGCGCAUGCGUCGCUGCUCGCGGCGCAGCUCCUGAGGGUGCGCGAGGCGUGGCCCGAGAUCUGGGCGCGCACAGGCAAGGUGCAGGUCGCGAGCAGCUUCGUCGCAAGUCUCUUCUGCGGGGCGUACGCCGGCAUGGGCGAGGCGGAGGCGUGCGCGACGGGCCUCUGGUCACACUCAGGGCCGCAGGCGACGGGAACACCGAGCCACUGGGACGAGGGCGUGUUGGAGAUCGUGGGCGGGAGCAGGGACGAGGGCAGGCGGAUCUGGGGAUGGCUGGGCGAUGUGGACAUCUCGGGCGGGCGGCGGAGAAUUGGCAGCAUCUCGCGAUACCUGGUCGAGCGGUAUGGUUUCGAUCCCGAAACUAUCGUCACACCCUUCACGUCGGACUACCUCUCAACAUAUCUUUCCCUAUGUCCCACACCCUCCGAUGCUGUGCUCUCAUUUGGCCCUAUGGACGCCCUGCUGGCUCCGGCGACUAAUUACAUACCCACUCGUCUGUACACCCUCUUCCCACAUCCUGCCCAGGACGCUAGCGAGCGGAGACGCUACGUCCUCAUGCUAUCAAGCAGGAAUGCAGACGUUCCUCGAGCGCUCGUACGCGACAUGUACACGAAGAGCUGGAGCGCAUUUGACCGCUUGGUAGCCAUCGUACCGCCCGGAGGAUCAAUAGGACUCGACGACAAGCUCUUCAGUUACUGGCUGCUCCAAGGAGACAGCUAUCCCUUCUCACAUGUGAAGGGCAUCUUCCGUUUCGAGACUGGUGUGAAGGUGAACGAGUUCCGGGACCUCCGUGCGAACCCCCGGUGCCUCCUCGAGAGCCAGGUUCUCUCCUUCCGCAUUCGCUGGUCCCGCAUGCUCUCCACCGGUGUCCUCGGGCCCAACGCCGGCCGCGGCCGUGCCGCGAACGCCUCACCAAGCCCAGUGUCCCAGCAGAAGCGCAACCCGACGGGGUCGGCAAACAACAUGGGCCUCCCGUUCGACCCGUACGACUACACGCCCCUCCCAGCACGCGUCCUCUCCACCGGGGCCGCCGCCAACUUCCCGUCCAUCUCCAACCUCGUCGGCGACAUCUUCAACGCGCCCGUCCUGGUGCCCACCACGCAGAUCGACGGCGCACAGGUCGUGCCGCACCGGAACGCGCCCCCACAGGGCUUCCCCGCGCGGGCUGCGCUCGGGGGCUCGUACGUCGCGCGGUGGGUGUGGGGCAAGGAGAAGGGCACGCCCGCGGGGACGGGCCGCGGCGGCUUCGAGGAGGAGAUCCGGCGCCUGCUCGCGAAGCGCUGGGCGGCGGCGGGUGGCGCGGCGAUCCGGACGAACGUGAACGCGCCGGCGGGCAGCAAGGCGCCGAGCGCGGCGGGGAGCGGCGCGAGCACGCCGUACGGGCACGGCGCGCGCUCGGCGCUCGGCGCGACGAUCCUCGUGGAGGAGGACGAGGACGAGGGCGAGGAGAUGGACAGGAUCGGCGGGAUGCAGGGCGCGUAUGGGGCCGCGUUCGGCGAGGGCGACCUCGGGCGGAUGCGGACGAUGACGGGCUCGACGGCGGGCACGGCCAUGUCGGGCAGCACCCUCGACGGGCCGUCCACGGCGUUCACCACGCCCGACUUGGGCGGGACGACGCCUACGAGCGGCGAGGCGCCCGCGCUCGACCCCGCUGCGCCGUCCACCCCCGCCGCCCUCACCCCCGUCACGGCGAUGCCGACGUCCGACGCGGAGCUGCAGCUCGGCCUCGCGAAGGUCGCGGAGCCGGACGUGGACGCGUUCAUGUCGUACGCCGCGAUCGUGCCCGAGUUCUGCAGGCUCGAGGGCCUGAUGAUCAAGUCGCUCGUCUGA